GCCGUUGUGGGUGAACAGAGGAACACCGUGUCACAGCCUUCACUGCUCAACGAGACCAUCAGAAGAAGAAACAUGGGUUAUGGAAAUAUCAUGGCGAUUGAAACUACUGGAGCCUCGAUGCAAACGGCUCAGCAGGACAGGCUGCCCAACUCAGGUGUGAGUGCAUCACACCAGAUGGCAAAGACGGAUGUGGACAGAAUGAAAAAUUAUAAGAGUAAAAUCAACAAAGUGGGAGCAAAAUAUGGAAUCGCUCCAGCUCUCAUUGCUGCCAUCAUCUCCAGAGAGUCCAGGGCUGGAAAUUGCUUAGACGGUGGCUGGGGAGACCACGGCAAUGCCUGGGGACUGAUGCAGGUUGAUGUCAAUCCAAAAGGAGGCGGACACACUGCACGUGGUGGCUGGGACAGUGAGGAACACCUCUGCCAAGCCACUGAGAUCUUGGUUCAUUUUAUCGGGCGCAUCCGCAACAAUUUUUCCAGCUGGAGUGUGGAGGAGCAGCUGAAAGGAGGGAUAGCGGCCUACAAUAUGGGGGAUGGAAAGGUCCAUUCCAUUCAAAAUGUGGAUGAAAAUACAACAGGAAAAGACUACUCCAAUGAUGUGGUUGCCAGAGCGCAGUGGUACAAAAACCAAGGAGGCUUUUGAAACCUGGAGCCAUCUCCAGAAAUCUCCAACAAUCACUUUGUCAUGUGUUCAAACUUGAGCGAAAUAAGCAUAAUGCAAAAUGUGCAGGAUUUAGGGUUAGAAAUGGAAUAUAUUAAUCAUAACUAUAUGUCCUUUAGUGUUUAAUAACCUGCAACUUUCAUUGGCUUUCCUCAAGUUGUUGUCACAUUCAUAUAACCCCAGCUUUGUAGUGAGCCACACCUUGUAUUAUCAUGUUUCACUUGUUUGUUUAAUUAUGGAAACAACUGCAUCAAAUAAUCUUCCUGUGAACUGCAUGUUGGACACGUUGUUUUCUCAAGUAUUAAAGAAAUACUGAAAUUAAUAGAA